UUUGUAGCAUCUUCUAUGAAAUUACAGUGGCUUUGGUUCCAGAAUGCCUGGUUCACAGAGGGGGAGGAAGACUGUUCUGUUAGCUGCUCCUCCCAGCACCCUGUGUCCAGCCUUCAGCUGCUGCAGGCACCAUGGUCACAUCAUCGCAGAGCUGGAGAUGCAGAUGAUCCUCCAAGAAUUACUCAAAAUCCUGUCAUUAAUGGGAAUGUAGCAAUGGCUGAUGGACACAACAACACCGAAGAAGACAUGGAGGAUGAUACAAGUUGGCGAUCGGAGGCAACCUUUCAGUUCACAGUCGAACGCUUCAACAGAUUGAGUGAAUCAGUUCUCAGCCCUCCCUGCUUUGUACGGAAUUUGCCAUGGAAGAUCAUGGUCAUGCCACGACUCUACCCGGACAGACCUCACCAAAAAAGCGUAGGAUUCUUCCUCCAGUGCAAUGCAGAAUCUGAUUCCACGUCAUGGUCUUGUCAUGCACAAGCAGUUCUCAAGAUAAUAAACUACAAAGAUGAUGAAAAAUCAUUCAGUCGUCGUAUUAGUCACUUGUUCUUUCAUAAGGAAAAUGAUUGGGGCUUUUCCAACUUUAUGGCCUGGAGUGAAGUUACUGAUCCUGAAAAGGGCUUUAUAGAAGAGGAUAAAGUUACUUUUGAAGUCUAUGUUCAAGCAGAUGCUCCCCAUGGAGUGGCGUGGGAUUCAAAGAAGCACACAGGAUAUGUUGGCUUAAAGAACCAGGGAGCAACUUGUUACAUGAACAGUUUGUUACAGACUUUAUUUUUCACAAAUCAACUACGAAAGGCUGUGUACAUGAUGCCCACUGAAGGAGAUGAUUCAUCCAAAAGUGUUCCUUUAGCAUUGCAAAGAGUGUUUUAUGAGCUGCAACAUAGUGACAAACCAGUUGGAACUAAAAAAUUAACAAAAUCUUUUGGGUGGGAAACUUUAGACAGCUUCAUGCAACACGAUGUCCAGGAGCUAUGUCGAGUGCUGCUUGAUAAUGUGGAAAAUAAAAUGAAAGGCACAUGUGUAGAAGGCACUAUUCCGAAGUUGUUCAGAGGAAAGAUGGUGUCUUAUAUCCAAUGCAAACAUGUAGACUAUCGAUCUGAACGAAUAGAAGAUUAUUAUGAUAUCCAGCUAAGUAUAAAGGGAAAGAAAAAUAUUUUUGAGUCCUUCAUUGACUAUGUUGCAGUGGAGCAGUUGGAUGGUGAUAACAAGUAUGAUGCAGGAGAGCAUGGCUUGCAGGAGGCAGAGAAAGGUGUGAAGUUCCUAACAUUGCCACCAGUACUACAUCUACAGCUCAUGAGAUUUAUGUAUGAUCCGCAGACUGAUCAAAACAUCAAGAUAAAUGAUAGGUUUGAGUUUCCUGAACAGUUGCCACUAGAUGAAUUUUUGCAAAAAACAGAUCCUAAAGAUCCUGCAAAUUACAUUCUUCACGCAGUUCUAGUACACAGUGGAGAUAACCAUGGUGGACAUUAUGUUGUUUACUUAAAUCCAAAGGGUGAUGGAAAAUGGUGUAAAUUUGAUGAUGACGUUGUAUCAAGAUGUACAAAGGAAGAAGCAAUUGAACACAACUAUGGAGGCCACGACGACGACUUGUCUGUACGGCACUGCACCAACGCGUACAUGUUGGUUUACAUCAGGGAAUCAAAAUUAAGUGAAGUCUUGCAGCCUGUCACGGACCACGAUAUUCCUCAACAACUUGUGGAAAGGCUACAAGAAGAGAAAAGAAUAGAGGCUCAGAAGAGGAAGGAGAGGCAGGAAGCUCACCUCUACAUGCAAGUGCAGGUCAGCUUUGGAAACAAAUCAAGUUGCAGCUGCCUUCCCAUUAAAAUGCAGAAUAUUGAGCAUCCAGGCAGCAAGACAAACCUUGAUUUUCAGUUUUGGAAUAAGCUUGGAAGUAAUGUUUUCACUGAGAUAAAAAUUUCAGUGCUUCUAAGUAUGUUUAUAUGUGCAGUCAGUACUAAUGAAACACUGCUGUACUGGGAAAUCAAAGCGUGUUACAGGCAUUUCUGCUUUCUCUAGAAGCCAAAGAAGUUC